AGAGUUUUCCGUGCGACGGUUACCUAAACCCGAUCGCGAAGUUUAGCUCUUUGGCUGUGCUCAGCUGCUCAAAAUGACACUGUUUAAGUGUCACCAUUGUAUUGGAGAAGAUAAAGCAGCAGAGGACACAGAUCACGUGGAGAAAAUCUUGCCACCAGGGUACAGUCAUCUGCUGUGUCGUCAUGAACUGCUGGAAAUGUCAGGGGAUGUUGAAAACUUUCGAGCGGGUCUUAAAUUGCAGCUGACUACAGAAGAAGAGGUCAAAAAGUGGUUGGUGGACUUCCAAAAGACCUCAGCUUUAACAUGGAGGAAAUCCAGGACAUACCCUGAUUCUGGACGCUACAACAAAUACAGAGUGGAUCUGAGAUGCCAACACAAAACGUACUGUUCAUCAUCCAAGACAUCCAAAAAUACCAACUGCCCUGCUACCAUGUUUCUAAUUCUCAAGAGACAUAUGUAUGAAAGAAAGUCCAGAUCAGGAGACCCACACAUAGAAGAGGGCUAUUUCCUUCAUGUGAACUUGAGGAAUGAACAUAAUCAUAGACUGAACACUGCUGAGGUCAUGAGGUGGAGAGAUGUGUCUAAUGACACCAUUGAAAAGCUACAUCAGCUCUACAGAACUGGUCACUCUCCUUCAUCUGCACUCAAAAGCAUUAAAUACAACCUGCAGGAAGAGGAAGGUGAUAACUACAUUUACGCUAUUGCAGAUCGAUCCAUUUGCCCGGACAUUCAGUUCUGCUACAGAUUAUACUACAAGCUUUUUCAAAAGUCAUAUGCUGAACCUGCAGAGAAGGACAUUUCAGAAGAGCUUUUUAAACCAUUAGAAUUGGAACAGUCAUGGGAGACAACAACAGUGACAGAUGGACACACUACGUGCAUUGAAGAUGGAGUGUCUGUAACUACUCUACCAGUCAUCACCACAGAAGGAGAAGAUUUUUCAGAAGAAAAUGAGCCAGGCCCAAGCGGAGCUGAAGAAGUCGUCGGGUCUUUGGAUGGACAGCUCGAGGAAAUUUUUGGGAUGCUAAAAAAGAAGCUAAAUGAGGAUGCAAGUUUUACACCACCUAUAAGAGCGUUUGUGUCCAAUUUCUUUCAAAUAAAGACUGACAGUGCUCUGCAGUCAUCACUUUUUUGUUUUGGUAAGGCCACGCAGACAAUCAAUCAGAUCAGUGUAGAACCUGCUCCAGGUCCACGGAGGAAAGGGGCUCUGGCUGGACGUAGAGCUGUUGGCAGACCCCCAAAGAGCUCAAGAAGAGAGCACCCAUACUGCAACAGCAAAUCCAACAAUCCCCAAACUCUCACAUUCUGUUUGCAGGAAAAUAACUCCCUUGAGAAGACAGUCCCCAACACACCACCACCAGCUUUUGGUUUGUGUGAAGGUCCAACUACUGUCUAGAGGAUAUUAAAUUAAUAAGUCUUAAGAAGCUGGGCUUUACAGAGAACAUCAUGAAAUCAUCUACUUUAUAUUUCUGGUCUUCUUGUGCACAAUUCAUCAGUGCAUGUUGUUCUAGAGGAGGAAAUGUUUGUUUGUAUAUUUAAUUACAAUAUAAUGACUUAUUGACUUUGUUCUGAUGUGUGGGGAUGAAACACACUUUUCACUAUUAUGUAAGUUCCACCUUACCUUUUUUAUAAUUGAAUGUUUAACUCUGCAGUGUCACAUUAUGGAAGUAAAUUGGGCUGCUAAAGCCGUUUCAUGUUCGCUUAUAAUGACUGUCAUAUUUUUAAAGGUGUCCAGACACCUAAUGUUAUGGUUACCUUUAAGGUUAACAACCUUAUAUAAAAAGAAAAUUUGUUCCUAAUAUCCUCAAUUUCUUGAUUUUUUUUUUUUUUUGGGCAAUGAUCUUUACUAUUGUGUGUACACCACUUAAGUUUUAUUCAGAUCCAGUACUGCAUCAAGCUGUCAGUGGUGGCCAGUUUAAUGUGAUUUCAUUAUUUACAAAACAUGACAAAUGGUCCAAUCUUACUCUUUAUGCACAUGGACAAAAAAUUAUUAUGCAUCGUUUUGCUUUUUUUUUUUUUUUUGAUGACAAAAUAUCACUUGUCAAUUAUUUGUAAAUUUCUGGGUUUUGUCCCAUGAAUGGUAAGGUAUGAUAGAAUAGUUUUGCUUUAUAGACAAUGUACAAAUAGCUUGUUAUUUCGGGCACUACAAAUGUGUAGUUAUAGGUAUAAUACUUGCCUUUGUAAAGUACUCAAUAAACCUGUAAGAUCAUGAUUAAUA